AGUGAGCGCUGGCAGUCCGCUCGCCUUGCAUAACAUACGCUGGAGCGCCGCACGCAGGGCUUCAUGUGAGCCAGCCCAUGGCACAGGGACUUCCUAUACUCGCGUCCACCGGAAUGACUUAAGAGGGGAGGGGAAGUGAGAAAGAGAGAGAGAACGAGGGAGGGAGAGAGAACGAGAGAGAGAGAGAGAGAGAGAGAGGGAGGCUAAAGCUCUGGACGUAGAGGAAACUGCAUGUCAGUGUGGGUCUGGGCUGAAUGACUUGCUAUGAAGAUUCAGACAAAGGAAGGCAAUGCUUGCAGCCGCCGCCGCUCUCCGCCGCUACUACCGGAGCUGCCCGCUCGCUCGCUGCCCGACGCUGACGCUGACGCCGCGGAGGUCGGACGGCGGAACGCUCGUCCAGCCCUGACUCGCUGAGAGACCCACUGAUUUCUACGAGAGGAAGAGGAAGGCAACAGUCAUUAGGAAAUGAUUCCCCAUGAAGCCAAGAGAACGCUUCUUCACAGCAGGCGCUCCUCUCCGUACUUCAGACUGAGAGCCAGGCAUAGCAGACCUUAGUGCGCUACCACAGAGUGUGAAAAAACAAACUGACUCAGAGAACGAGAGAGAGAACGAGUGUCACACACAGAGACAGAGAGACAAACCGAGAACGAGAGAGAGAGCGAGAGAGAGAGAGAGAGAGAGAGCUCUGACAAGGACACAGGACACGAAAAAAAACGAAAAAAUACAUCGUCUCUCUUUUCACGGAACAAGAAGAACGACAGAUCGAAACCGGUUGAGGACGCCACCAUGAAGUCGAGCCAGGAGCGCGGCAACGAGUGCCUGCCGCCCAAGAAGCGGGAGCUGCUGGUGCUGGAGGAGCGGGCGCUGGCGGCCGUCGGGGAGAGCCAGCGGGGCGAGAACCUGGCGUGGCUGGCCAGCGUGGCCAGCAUGGCCUCCAUGGCGCCGGUGGGGGUCAGCCAGAGCAACAGCGGCGGGAACGGGAACGGGAACGGGAACGGCACGGUGGAGUCGCCGAGCCCGUCGCACGAGAUCCUGUCCAUGGUGACCGAGUUCCACCCGUCGCUGUCGACGCCGUCGUCGUCGUCUUCGUUGUCCUUCUCGUCGACCUCUUCGGCGUACACCUUCUCUUCGUCCACCGCGACCGUGUCCAGAGGAGCCGGUCAGCCCACCGUCCUCUCCACCGGACUGGCCCAGCCGGCCGGGACCGUCCAGUACGCCCCGCUGCCCCCCAACCUGCAGCUCAUCGGGCCCUACACGGGCUACAUCUCCUCCCAGGUGCUGCCCUCGGCCCCCAGCCCCGCCGGACAGCACCCGCGCCCUCAGGCCGAGACCUACGUCACGGCGGUCGUCUCCCAGGCCUCCAACGGAGACCACCAACACCACCAACACCACCACCACCACCACCCGCAGCAUCAUCAGCAGCAGCAGCAGCAUCAGCCAGGCCUGGGGGCGGCGACGCUGGCCGUGUCCGGCGGGGUGACCUCCCCUGUCCCCCAGCUCACCCAGCCCUCCGCCCAGUGCAUCCAGCUGGACGGCUCCUCCCUGGGGGUGUCCGUGACCUCGCCGACCGGCCAGCUGCCGCUGCACCUGCACCCCCACAACGCCACGGUGCUCACGCCCCACACGCUGACCCUGGGCACCUCCCAGCUGCUGGUGCACUACGCCGACGCGCCCCAGGCCAAGAUGGCCGACGGCGGGCAGACCCGGGAGCUCUACAACGGGGAGAUCGUGGAGACGAGCGGCGCGGGCAGGCACGGUGGCGGCGGCGGCGGCGUGCUCAAGGUGGCGACGAUGCCGCACGACAGCGACCAGCGGGCGCAAGCCCACAGCAUGAGCCUGGCGGCCCGCACCCAGGUGCUGCUGCCCGCCGAGUACCAGGACGGCAGCGGGCUUCACACCUCCCUCAUGCUGGUGCCCAGCAGCGCCGCCGACCUCCAGCGCAGCCUGGGCAAGGACCUGUCCGGCCUGCCCCGCGCCGAGAAAGGGGGCAUCUGCCUGGGCAAGCCCAUCUCGCGGGACUCCCGGGACUCGCGGGGCUCCACGCUCUCGCUGUCGUCCCUGGAGAGCCUGGCGUCGCCGGCGCCCACCCUGUCGCCCCACGCCCUCCUCCAGACCACGCACGCCAGCACGCAGGAGAUGGCGGCGGCGGGCAUCUACUCGGCCACGCCGCUGCCCAUCAUCGGCUACAUCUCGGGCGGGCCGUCGCCGCAGCAGCAUCACCACGCCGGCGGCUACCACGGCAACCUGACGCAGCACCUGCUCAUCUCGGGCAGCCCGUCGCUGCUGAUCCCCGUGAGCGCCGGUGGGCCGCUGCCGGGCGAGAGCGAGCAGCACGCCCCGCCCCCCCGCAUGGUGGCCUCCGCCCCGUCCGCCGUCGUCACCGUCUCCUCCAGCAACCACCAGGUGUCCAUGGCCCAUCAGCAGCAGGCAACCUCUCUGGCCACCGCCGGCCACGCCUACGUCAGCCCGAUCCCCAUCGCCGCCACCGCCCUCCCCGACCCCCGCUCCGUGCUCUCCGACGCCCAGCAGAACCACCACCUGGUGCAGGUGUCCCCGCAGCAGGCCCACGUCGUCCAGCUGCCCCCGCAGCAGCCGCAGACCGCCACCGCCACGGCCACCGCCGCCCCAGCCUCCCCGACAUCAGCCUCUCUGCCGCCCUACUUCAUGCGCGGCUCCAUCAUCCAGCUGGCCGACGGCGAGCUGAAGCGCGUGGAGGAGCUCAAGACGGAGGACUUCAUCCAGAGCGCCGAGGUCAGCGGCGACCUCAAGAUCGACUCGAGCACCGUGGAGCGCAUCGACUGCAGCCAGACGCCCGACGUGGUCAUCAUCCAGUUCUCCGUCGGGGAGCACAAGGCACAGGUGAGAGUGGAGGUCCUGGUCGAGUACCCGUUCUUUGUUUUUGGGCAGGGCUGGUCCUCCUGCAGCCCCGACAAAACCACCCAGCUCUUGGAGCUCUCCUGUGCCAAGCUCUCGGUGGGCGACGUCUGCAUCUCCCUCACCCUCCGGAGCGUGAGGAACGGCUCGCUGAGGAAAGAGCCCGCCGCAGAGCCCGUGGGCAUCAACGCCGCCAACGCAGCCAAACCAGCCAAGGUCGGGGGACCACCCAGAGAUCACGAGGCCCCGCGCGAGGGCCUGGCCAACGGGCCGAGGCUCGUCGGUCAGCGCGCCCCUGGAGGAGACCCCGCGGCCGGAGGCGGGGAGCAGCAGCAGCAGCACGUUAGGACGAUCCAGAUUCACCAGACACUCGUGGAGAACGGCAGGCGGGGGGAGCCCAAGGCGGCGGGCGUGCCCCAGGAGUCCGGCGGGGGGGCCCCGGAGAGGCCGGCGGCCAGCCGCAAGAGGCGGUGGUCGGCGCCCGAGAACCGGGAGGCCGAGCGACUGUAUGAGGAGACGCCUCCCACGGCCACGCUCCCCAAACUUGCUUUCAUUCCUCAGGAGGUCAAAAUCAGCAUCGAGGGCAGGUCAAGUACUGGUCGUUGAAAAGGCUCUUGCUUGUGGUGAGCAGAGGGACAAUGGAAAGAGCGUAAAAAAAAAAAAAAAUGAAGUUCUUUGUGUUUGUGAUUAAUAUACACUUUAAAAAAAAGACAUAUAUGAAUAUAUAUAUUUUUCCUUCCUAUCCUGAUUACUGUAACUUUUGCUCAAUUUACACAGUAUUUACUUCUUCUGACUGUUGCUUCGUUUUGUAACCACACGUAGACCUCCUUUGAAGUGAGUGGCACAGGGAGUCGGAUAGUCGUCGGGGACAGAAGUACAGUUGGCAUGGAGAAAACCGGUGCACACUACUGCAUUUAGCACUGGACGCUGAUGUCCAGUCACAGUUUUGUCAUGAAUGUGUAUUCCCCAUCCCCCCCUCUAUGCCAUUCCACAGGCUAGGGAGGAGAGAGGCUGGUUCCAACCUGUUAAGUCGCUGCUCCAUUCCCUCCGGCCUCGCUGUUUCCCCAUGGAUAUAUAUGGCUAACAUGCUACCUAGCAAUGCAGCAUUCACAUUGGCUCUCUACAUACAUAACAGAAAUAGGUCUUUUGUGGAUGGAUCUGGUGAGGGAGCAUGCUAACUAGCAAGACAGCCAUAUAGCAAGGCAUAGCGUUUUGUUUUUCAAGAUAUGAGCUGGGGGGACAUAAAAGGAGCAAUAACUUCAAGUUUUAAAGUUUUAACCAGAGGGUCAGUAAAGCGCAGUAAACAUUAUAGGUGGCUAUUUCUAAGGUAGAAUGUUUAAGAGAAGUAAUAUUUGCGUCAGACCAGUCCAAUAGCAGAUGCCGACCUUGUGCACAGGGAACAAAAGCCUCAUUUUGACUCAACCAGUGCCCGGCUGUUCAGAAAACGUGUACACUCUGUUUAGUAGCACUUUACCCAACACAAAGCAUACUUGCAGAUGGAAAACACCCACCUCUGUUUUGUUUCCAUGGCAACAGGGUGUGUUAGUUGAGAAUUGCAUAUGAUGUCAGCACCACUCUGUCUAUUUCAGCCUGUCCUGUGUGACCUCAGAAUCCUUGCAUACAGUUUAUGCUCGUUUCGUUAUAGUGGAUGCUGUACUUGAGCAAAACUACUUAGCCUAUAACUCAUAUUUCAGCAGAGCAGAAAUAGCAGGUGCAACUUACUUGACUUAACUUGCAGGUCCAAGAGAAGUUUUCUUUUUGUUUUGGUGGGAGUGUGGAUUACAUAUAGGUGUAAUGUGUAAGUCAAACAUGAAUGUAAGGUGCUGUCCAUUCCAGUUUCUGAAUACAUGACCUCACUGCUAUGCCUGUCCUCGCGAGUCGUAACACUUGUCUGUGGGAAAUGAAUUCAAAAGCUCUCUCUCUCUCGAGUAACUUUAACAUAUUUCAGCAGUAAGAGGGGCACAUUGGCAGCGACUGGAAUGCAGCAAUGACAGUAAAAAAGCCUAUGGAUGAGAUCCGUUUCCACUAAUCACAGGCUUUCUGUCCUUGGGGAAUAUGAGCACAAUAUACAGCUCCAAAGAGAAGGUUUAAAUGGAUGACCACAGCAUGGACAAACAUGAGGACAUGCCCAACACGCACCAAGUCUAUACUCAGAACCUCCCUCUUCAGCUGUGAACCAAGCUUUAGCCGGAAGUCAGACAGAUUCUCAAAGGGAAACGAAAUGGUAAAUAGCUCUAAACAAAUCAGGGUGAGCAUUAUCAAACUUAAGUAACCAUACAAAAAACACAUUUUUUUUUUUUUUUAAACUUGUAUAGUAUUGUCUUGUAUAGUUCAAAGAUGUUGGAUGGAUCUAUAAUGUGGUUUAGGGGUGCUUUUGAACCAAAAGCUGGCAUUCACACACUCAAGUAGUAUCUUGUUCCAUGUUCAAGACAGCUCCCCACAAAAAAAAACAAAAAAAACUGAAUGCAGUAGCUAGCCCUUCUCUAUGGUCAACAAGCAAAAAAUAUUCAAAGGAAUGCCAUCAAUAAACUCUUCAAAAUGUAGCCUACAACAAGUUUGUGGAGUACAUUUUGAAUUCCGAUAACAAAAAUGGCAUGAAAUACUUUCUUCUCAGACUUGCACACACAAAUAUAUACAUAUGUGUGUGUAUAAUUUUGUAGAUUUUUUUUGCCGUCCACAACCUCUGGCAACAGAUGCAUAUUCAUCAUGCUCUGCACAGAUUCUGACUAAACUAGUCUUUGAGUCUUGUUUGGGAACACAGCCCAUCUGUGAGCGUAGUGUGUGUGUGUGUGUGUGUGUGUGUGUGUGUGUGUGUGUGUGUGUGUGUGUGUGUGUGUGUGUGUGUGUGUGUGUGUGUGUGUGUGUGUGUGUGUGUGUACUGUGUGUGUGUACUGUGUGUGCUGUGUGAUUACUGUGUUGGAUCUUGAUUCCUUAUAGAGAGAGAGAGAGAGAGAGAGAGAGAGGCUUGUUUGCAGAGCUGACAGAUGUUGGUGUGAUGCGAUAUAGACACACCAUGGAUUGUGUCUGUGAACCUAAUGUAUUUAAGGAUCUCAUUAUGGCUGCAUAAGUGGAUGUCCAUAAAUCAGUGUCCCCAGCCCCAUGACACCACAGGCAAAGUGAGCAUUUAUGAAACCUGCCCCUAUACGCCUCCUUCUUCUCACCUUUGUGACGGUACUCCGCAAGUCAUUGGACUGACAAUGCAUAGCCCGUUGGUGUCCCUAUGGUAUCGUUUGUACUGAAAGCAUUGCAGAUAGACAAGAAAUUAGUCCCCCCCACCGCUUAUGAACAUCCAACUGCUCUGUAGUACAUGUUUUAAAUGUACAAUUGUGCAAUAAUAUGCUUGGUGUGAUACAGUCUGGUUCAUCACCGGUCCCGCGUUGUAUAUGAGCAUGAAUGACCCAUUUUUGACGUCGUUCUCUUGAAUUUUGCGAUUUGCACAUCUAGUUUUGAGGAAAUGUGUAGAGUCUGCAGUGUAGCCUGUAUCACUAUCUCAGACUGUGAGCUCAGUGUUAGCCAUUAGCAUUUGGGUCUAACUGAGGUGUUCGCCAUUGUAGCGCUUAUUUAACCAUGUGUCCGAUCAUCUGCUCUCAUUUAUUCGUCAUACAGUAAGUUUGUUAGUGUAAAGUGUGUAACUAAAAUCCAAACUUUAGAUCAAACUCAGGGGUGGUGUGUGUGUGUGUGUGUGUGUGUGUGUGUGUGAGUGUGUGUGUGUGUGUGUGUGUGUGUGUGUGUGUGUGUGUGUGUGUGUGUGUGUGUGUGUGAGUGUGAGUGUAAGUGUGAGUGUGUCUGUGUCUGUGUGUGUGUGUGUGUGUGUGUGUGUGUGUGUGUGUAGGUGAGUGUUAGAGAGAGAGAGAAAGAGAGAGAGAGAGAGAGAAAGAGAAAGAGAGAGCAUUUGUGUUCCUGAUAUAUUCUCCCAUGUUCAAUUCAGCCAUUGGUUCGACAAGGUCCACAGCUGGAUAUUUUUUAGAAAGCAAGUUAAAGGCAACACAAUUGCCUAUUACCAUGGGGACCAUGCUAAAUUGCACAUGCAAUCCUUUCUUGACUAAAUAGUGAUGAUUAUUAUGCACUUUCAUAAUCGGAAACAGUCUCCUGUGGAUUUGGAGGCUUUGCCAUUUCCUAAUCACCUGUUUAUUGUCAGAUGAAUACAGAGUGUUUGUGUGUGUGUGUGUGUGUGUGCAGUGCACAAGGUAUAGAGAAAUAGAGAGAGAGAGAGAGAGAGAGAGAGAAUGAUAGAAUGAGAAAAAGAGAAGGAUAUAGAAUGAGAAAAAGUUUGAGAAUGGCCAACCAAAUCAGGAUACAUCCUUCUGAUUUUUUUUUUUUUUUUUGGAUUUUUUUUAAGGAAGAGUGAACUACAUUCCCACUGACAAAGAAAAUGACUCCGUCGCCAUAUCAGUUGUUCAGCGGAGCACUUUUUUGUCUCGGUGUUUGACUACGGAAGCACAGGUGUGUCUUUCAAUCAUGUGUCCUUGUUUAAAAAGCUGGUGGUGACAUUGUCAGUAGCAUUAUUCAUUGCUUUUGAUAGUACUCUGGUAGUCGAUCUACUUACAUGUUGUACAUGUACAUGUUACCCUGCUCUGUCCUUUGCUGAUACAGCAACACAAAUGAAGUGUGGUGUGUGGUGUGUUUGUCGGGUGUGUGGAAUGGAAGGCUGGUUUUGUCAUUUCCCAGCAUCCCUUGCUGUGUCACAGGACCGUCACUGAACUGUUCAUGGCAAACUGACACUCUUCACAAGCUCAGGCUGACUGGCCUACUGACUGUUGCAUCGAUUAUUAUUAUUAAUAAUAUUAUUAUCAUAUGGGCAUAGUAAUAAUAUUAAUAUCAAUAAUAUGAAUGUUAUUACAUUGUACAGGGCCUGAAAGAUAUCUGAGUAAUGAUUUUUUUUUUUUUUAAAUCAUGAAACAUAUAUCACUUCAAUAAAGUUUGAACUAACAUGAGAAUCAGUGCAAUCCCUCCCUAAGAUACAAAAAAGGUCUUGAUAAUACUCUCUUUCCCAGAAUUCUUUUUUGUACUGGGGAAUAUGGACAGCAUGAAUUCACCCAAAGCAGUGUUGGGGAGCUCCUAGUGGCCAUGAGGUGAAAUGACACUUUCCUUUGUUCCCAGAGUUGCGGGAUCUGUUCAGACACAUUGAUAUUGCAGUCUACAUUUUGAAUAUGCAGUUGCCAAGCCCUGGCCUCAAUAGAAUUCAAGAAGAUGGGAAUUGCCAUUUUGGGUUUGAAGGGAGGAUAUAUAUUUACGUGUGAUUAAUUUACGUGUGAAUGCCCCAAAUUCUGAAUGUUGUAUCUGUUCUUAAUCUCUUUAUACCCCCAAUAAUUAUAGAAAAGAGUGGUGAAUAUAUCUUCAUGAGAGACUUUGUGACCCUCUGUUUUCUAAUUGUGGGGUGUCUACGUGUAAAAAGCACUCAAGUCUGUUCAGUGGAAUUAAUGGUCCUUUCUUUGGUGGUGCUUGCAUUUUUUUCUAGUUAGAGAUACUUUAAUUUUAAUAAAUUUGAUUUGAAAACACAA